GCUGCUUCUCCCAAAAAUCACGUAGCUGAAGGGUGCAUAAAGGAUAAAACAAGUCCUUUUUAAAAGGAUAAAAAAAAUUAAUACACAAUAAAGAAUCAUGCCACAAGACAAGCGCAUCAUCAUAACCAAGGCAGUCCUUUACAAGCUACGUCGUCUUUGUAAUGACAACAGCGACGAAGCUGCGCAGAUCGGCAUCUUUGUUGAAUUUAUACUCCCGUCUGUAGUGGUGUCGCAAUAUCCAGAACUUCAAGGUACUCAUCCCUUUAGCUUAGUCCACCGAGUGUACCCUAAAAAUGGACGCAGCACCUGCCUUAUCGUGCCGAAAGCCAUCUCUACUGAUUGCUUUAAGAUUAACAAACGACAUGGGUAUUAUGACGCGGUGGUCACGGCCGAAUCCAUUUGUCGGUCCGGCGAUAUGGAAUCGAUGCAGCGCGCGGGCCGUGUUGCGAACACGUUUUCGAGCUUUACCGUAGAUUCACGAAUCGCGUCAAAGUUGCCGGCGUGUAUUAAACACAGGGUUAAAACAGACGCACCAGGCACUGUUUCAUCCGAAGCUUCAGCGGCGGAUAAGGCGCGUAUCUCCAUAAAAUACCCCGAAGCUUGCCUAAGCACCUUAGAUGGUCUCGAUGAGAAGGAAAACCUGACAUUUCGCCUGUCACAGUCGGCAAACAGCAGCAGGGUCUACAGCACAAGGCAGGGACACCUCUUGUUUCGUGUCGGGCACGGCGACAUGACGGCAGGCGACAUCUGCGAAAACGCGAAACAGUUUGUAUUUACCCUCAAGAAGGAUUACCCUACCAUUUGGCGGUAUAUUCAUGAAUUUAAGUUAACCUCAAAUAAGACUGAUAGUAUUAGAUUUAUGGAAGUGCAUUUACCACGCUGAAAUGUAUGUGAUACUCGUAUGCAAUGCGUUUGUGUGUGUGUGUGUGUCUGUGUAAACUAGCUUCAGAAAGUUUCUUUAAGACUCUCUGUCUGUGUGUAGUAAAAGCAAGUCGAUUAACAUAAAAGAAUAUCAUUUUCUGAUUGAAAAAUCAGAACAGUGUAAUAUUAA